AUGACAGGAAAGAAAGGAUGGGGCGCCAAGACGGCGUGGUCGAUGUCUUUCUUCGAGAUGGUGCCGUGGGUGGCUGAGGAUAACGUAGCGCGUGAGGGGACGCUGACUGCCGCGGCACCCGCGUCAAGCUGCGCUUCACCUCACGCUCUCCCCUUGUCUGCGUGUGAUGCCGCCAGCAAAGCAGUAGGCACAUCACCCAGCUCCUCUACCCCGCCUCCACACAGCAAGCCUUACAAGGAGCGCAAGAGGCAGGAGCUCGAUCUGCGCACACGCUGGCGUUGCCGGCGUUGUGGCAUGGUGCUGCAGCCGCCUCUCGACGCAGUGACGGGCAAACCGCGCUAUGGGGUGAUGAUGACGGAGCACCUGGAAGGGGUAUCGUCGGGCGGGACGACGCACCUGGCAACCGGCGUAGUAGCGUGCACCGCGGGCACAAUGCGCUACGAAAAGGCCUCAGAUGAAGAGGGUGCCUUGUCUCCUAAUCAGCCGAACAAGCGACCACGAGACGACUUAACUAGCGGGAGAGUGACUGAGGCGGAGUCUGUCAUUGCCGGUACUGGUGCGUCUCACCGCCACAAAGAGGGUGGUGAUGACAAGGCUGCCGCUUGCGAAGCUCUUCGCCGUCUGCUCCACCAGUGUCAGCAAGGGGCACGGCAGUGCGACACCGCCAAUUCUUCGCCCUUGCCACUUCUCUUCAUUGUGGUUGAGAAUCCAAAGACACCUGCAAACGCGGGCGGCAUUCUGCGAGCGAUGCGCUGCUAUGGUUUGCAUGGACCCGCCGCCGCCGCCACGAGGGUUUCGGUCGCCACGACAGUAGCGGUAUCCCUUCCGGUGGCGACAACGCAAACAGCCACAGAGGAAGUCACACGCUCGUACGCGAGUGGCGGUGUCUGGGCACGCGCCACCACCCCGGACGUUGUGGAGAGCACAGAAGGAUCAGUGCGACAGCGCGUCGGCAGCUUCAUCUUCUCGGGAACGCGGCUGCAGAACGCCAUGGCGCACUCCGAGUACGCCCACACACUGCGCACCGACCCCACGCACGCAGGACGUGACAUUCCGCAGCUGCGCGUGCCUACUCUGGACGUCCUCUUUGACGUGCUGCGGGGCGACUACGGACACCGGCAAAAAGAGCCGCGGUUACCGUCACCCUCCCUCGUGAGCGUUGUGGCCGUGGAGCUGGUGGAAGGAGCCGUUCCUCUGCCAUUCUACGAGCACCCUUUCGGCCAUCUCACUCGGCAGGAGACAAUGCAGCGUGCCCGCAACGGCGCUGCUCCCCGCGAGAAGGACGCUGCUUUCACUGCCGCGCCUCUUCCGAUGGUAUUCUACGUCUUCGGUGCGGAAGACGGGACCCUUUCGGCCCAUCACUUGCAGCACGACGUCGAUGAUGUCGUCUUUAUCCCGACGACUGGCAGCAUGAACCUGGCAGCAACUGUAAAUGUUCUCCUGUACGACCGCCUCGCGAAGGAGUGCCGCCGCCUGCACCCCGCUGUUGCAGAUGCGACGGCAGCAGGGAUGAAGUGGAAGGACGUGUUUGGUGCGCGUAACGCCAACAACCGAAUCCGCUGGACUCGCUCUCUCUACUGA